AUGGAGUCUAAUCGAGAAAGAAUUGUUCGAUGGCUCGGAAAAGGACCACCCUCAAAUCCAGGUGUCACAUUUGGAGUACCUUGGCGACAAGGAGUCUGCUACCUCUCGAAUACCACUUUCAUUUGCAAAACAGAGAGUGAGGACGAAAUUCCACUACAAACAUGGCCAACAGCAUUCUGGCCUGACGGAUCUGUGAAAUGGACAAGUCAUGCGAUCCCUGCAUCAGCGACGGCAGAUGGGAGCUACCGCGUCGUUGUGAUUGACUCAUCGGACGCCAUGAUACAGACUACAGAUACGCUCACAGUCGAGGAAGACUCAGACAUCAUCUCAGUUGACACUGGAAAGAUGAAAAUCACUUUUGGAAAGACAGGAAACGAGAUCAUCAAGGAAAUUAUUAAUGCUAAGGGCAGCACGGUUGGUGUCCAAGGCAGGUUGGCUUUGCUUUCUCAAGAUCGCAUUUAUGACGCCGAUAAAGCGGACUCUCUUUUGAAGCACCAUAGCUUCUACGGGCAGAUAAGUUCGGUGGAAGUCGAGCAGACUGGUCCUAUUCGUGGUGUCAUAGCCGUUCGCGGAGUCCACGUUGAAGCAUCUCGAGAAUUUGAGCCGGCUGUCGAAACCCACCAACCAUGGGUACCAUUCACACUCAGAUUCUACCUAUAUGCCGGGUCCAGUCAUAUUCGGAUACUCCGCACCAUCAUAUACGACGGCGAUACAAAGGACUUUGUUCGGGGCAUCGGGAUUCGCCUCAAGAUGCCUCUCCAGGAAGAAGCGGCCUUCGAUCGCCAUGCCUCUGCCGUCCCUGAAAGUUGGAAUCCGGAGCUGCCACAAGCCUCUCUGCGCUGGGUACCCAUCUGGAAUGACUUCAGCUUGCAUCAACUCUCGCCAGAUGGUUUUACGCUCGAGAAACGACUGAAGGAAGGUCACCCGUGGAUCAAAACCGCGAGCGGUACCAAAGCGGGAGGGGUUUUCUACGUCGGUGGCGCAAAUCGAGGAGGGCUGGCCAUAGGUUCGAGACACUUCUGGGAACGAUACCCAACCGGGAUCGAUAUUCGAGGCGUUGGUGCCUCCCAGGAGGACACCGAGGUGACACUAUGGCUGUACGACCCCAAAGCUGGGCCUAUGGACUUUCGUCCCUAUCAUGACGGGUUAGGCCAGCAAGGUUUUGAUGAUCAGCUAGACGCUCUGAAGAUCACUUACGAGGAUUGGGAACCGGAGCUUGGGACGCCUUACGGGGUAGCGCGAACGAACGAGUUGGUGAUUUCCGUGACGGACUCAACGCCAGAUGGUGAUGAGUUCUCGUCACUGAUAGACUUGGUUCGAGAUACUCCAAAGUUACAGCCUGCCCCGGAAGUCAUUCACCUCAGUCAAGCUUUUGGUACAUACUGGUCUCCACUGUCAAAAGUCCUCUCACCCACAGAUGAACGUCUCGAGUUCCUAUUUCAAUUCUACCAGAAGCAAGUGCAACAAAGGCGUUGGUACGGCUUCUGGGACCACGGCGAUAUCGUGCACACGUAUGAUGAAGACCGUCACACCUGGCGAUACGAUGUUGGCGGAUAUGCCUGGGAUAACUCAGAGCUGUCGCCAGAUCUAUGGCUUUGGCUGUACUUUCUGCGGACCGGCCGAGCUGAUGUGUUCAAUAUGGCGGAAGCAUUGACUCGUCAUACCGGGGAGAUGGAUGUAUACCACCUUGGGCGGUACCAGGGUCUCGGCACACGACAUGGCGUGCAGCACUGGAGUGAUAGCUGCAAGCAAGCCCGCAUAUCGAACGCCUUGUAUCGCCGUUUUUUCUACUACCUGUCUGGCGGUGACGAACGUGUCGGAAAGCUUCUCGAAGAGACGCUUGAUACGGAUCAAAAGUUUCUGGUCCUUGAUCCGUGCAGAAAGGUCCGCAAGGACCGAGAAACCUACAGCCCAGAUGUACAUGCAGUUGAGAUCAGUCUGGGAACGGACUGGGCAUCGCUUGCAGCUUCCUGGCUUGUCGAGUUUGAGCGACGAGGGCCACGAUGGACCGAAGCCAAGAGGAAGCUGUUCAGGUCCAUCGAAGGGAUCGGUGCCCUGGGCAACGGCUUCAACAAUGGAGUGAUCAAGGUGUCCCAUCUAUCAGCGAUGUUCGGAUUGUUUGAGGUGGCGGCCGAUAUCCUGCAGCAGUUUCCAGAGAAAGCAAACGUAACUGGUUUCAGGGACGCAUGGCUAGAGUAUUGCACCUUUUUCAAUGCCAGUUUAGAGGAACAGGAAACCCGAUAUGGUAGACCUGGCUGGGGCAGACUACAGCUAAGACAAGGACACUCUCGCUUGACAGCCUUUGCGGCGAGCGAGCUGAACAGGCCUGAUUUAGCUGAACGUGCGUUGGAGGAGUUUGAGAACGGGGUUGGAUUUCGGGACUAUGGUCCAGACAUAGUCUGGAAAAGUACACCAGUGAGCAGAAAUCAUGUUCUUGAGCCCGCAGACGAGGCUGCUUGGGUUUCUACCAACUGCACUGCAUUGUAUGGUCUGGCAGCUAUUCAGAACCUGGCACUGUUGCAGAAAAAGUAA